CGAUGCGCCGCACUUGAGGGUUAAAAACGGUAAAAGCUAACGUACGAGACCAGAGGGCUGCACAAGAUACGAUCACGGAACCUUGCCCCACCCUGCCCAACCCUACCCGUGAGCUAUCUCCAGCAAUCUCACAGCUCAUCUCUGUGUAAACGCUACUGACCUUAAAACUGAUCGGUCAAACGGAAUUAGAAUAAUUUUUUAUAUCUAGAUCUCUUAUGUGUCCAUAACCUUUGAUUUGAAACUGCAGGAAUGUAGUAAAAUGAAUUUCAAAAUUCUAAGUAUGGUAUUAUUAACUUGUGAGGACAGUAGGAAAGAAAUAGAAGAAACCAAUGAAUGGAGACGAAUGCUGAAGGAGGAAGAAUUCUCGCCAACAAGUGAAAUUAUAUUGAAAGCAUUGAAUAAUUCAUUGACAGAGUUACUUUGCCAAAAGGUAUCGAUCGAAGCAUAUCAGCGAUACUCUGUCAGAACUCAAAUCAUCGGUGUCGUUCGGGAAUGGAGUCAAGGUAUUUCUUCUCUUGUACCAUUGCGAACAUUCCAGGAUGGAGGUAAGACAUUGAAAUUCGUCAAUAUUGUUUUGGAGAAAUAUCUGGAUAAAGAUAUUUUGGAUGCUGCAACCUCUCCAAGGACCCUCUUGCUUCUGGCUCGUACGAUCCAUUGUUUGAUUCCAAAACUUCCCAAUUUAGGGGCAUAUUUUGAAAAAGUAGUAAACAGACUUAUCGCUCUGGAACCUACAGAAGAGGGGGACCAUUUUCUAUGUUCGAUCGUCAAUGAAAACCAGUAUUUUAAAUCGAGUUCAUCUACAAAUGAGAAAAUAUAUAUCUCACAGAGGAUAAAACUCAUCGAAACACCUCUACUUGAAACUUUCAUAUCGAUAUGUUCAAAGUCGUACACAAGUAACAAACACCAGGUUUUGGUCGAUGCGGUACGAUCCCUCGAUAAGCUAGCCCAGAUCAUGACAAAAUUCCCCCUGUUAUUUCAAAUAGCUUGUAGCUAUAUGAAGGAAAUACUCGAACAACUCAAGUUUAAAGAUCUAGUAUUGCACAUUAUUCAAUGCGUUAUAGAGUUGGUAAGGUCCCACUGCAAAAUUAGUUACAAGAAUAUUCUGGAUCUUUAUCCAAAGAGUUUGCAAACUUAUGUUAUAUUACUGCAAAUAGAGCCAGAGAAACAUUCGAUCAAUUCGAGACGGUACACGCUACACGAGCUGAAGAAGAUCUUCCUGAAGAACUCAAACGACGUAAUGAUUCUUUUAUCGCAUUAUCCAUCCUGGCUACGUCAUGUAACGGAGCACCUUCGGCAACAUGAAUUGAUUCAGUGAACGAUGCGCCGAGAGUCGUUGCGACUUUUCUAUUUCUAGAAGACCAACGUACCCGAGAUUAUAUCUUAAAUAUAUUUUGAUAUCUCUUUGUGACGUUAAAAAUAGUAGCACUACAGUUUUGGAGCAAAACAAUAGAAACAAGACGCGAGCCGAUACCAAAGAGAAACAUCUUUAUUAAAUCGCGCCAAGUGCAGAGCGCGAUUUCAAUGAUUUCCGCAAUGGGAUACAGUUAAUCGAAUGAACGCGACGGUGGCUCGCUCGUCGACUUGCGGAAGGAAAUGCCGCCGACCUUUGAAGUAACCUUCCCGAAGAAUGAGAUCUAGGAGAAAUUGUUGUUUAAAUCGACCGGAGACGACUGAUAAAGCGGUAAGGAAAAUCGGGCAGGGCCUCGCGCGUCACGGUGACCCGACGAUGCCUCGAACGGUAGUUCCGAUAUGGAAAGGAAGAGUCACUGAUUUAUUGCAUCUCGAAGGAAGCAAAGAGGAGUCACGGGAGAUCGCUCGCCCUACGAGAAGCCAGGUGGAAAGCACGUAGAACGGUAGAAAAUCUUAGAAAACGAAAUGCUCUGUUACCUUGUAAAACUGUUACAUUUAACAUCGAGGCGAUCGAUCUAAUUUUUCCUUGGAUCUCGUUCGUUACCUGUUUCUUUUAUAUUUCCUCUUAAUCUUGCGUAUAUCUUUUCGUCUUUCGCUCAGUUAGCGUCUCAUUCUCUCUCCCUCUCUCUCGCAUUCGCUCUUUUUCGACGCGUUAUACUUCUGCGAUGACGAAUUUUUUUUUUUCCUCAAACGGAACAAAGCGCGACAACGAUACUUGCUUCGAGAUUUCUUUCCGCGUUCUUUUCAUUUUCUUUCGUUUAACUAUCUAAGUCUCUCUCUAUAUAUAUAACACCACUUGUCGCCAUUUCCCCUGCCUCUCCGUUAUGAACACACACACACACACACACUAUUUCUAUUAUUAUCAUUUUCGCUUUCUCUCCUCACCUCAGAUUCCGGCACAAACCCGUCCCUCCUACCGCUUCGGAAACGACGCGACUACGGACCGCCAAUGCUUCAAAGGGAUUUCCGCCGCGGAGGACACUGGAGAAAUUGCCGCGAUUCCAACAAUCGCAUUAAACGAUGUCAUCGAUAAACGUCGAUGUAUUUAAGUAAAGGACGUAACGAGAAUUUCUUUACAGAUUGUCAUCUAACACGUAAUGGGUGUGCAGGUGUCGUCCGCGCGUUAUAUUAUUAUUACAAAGAUUAAUAUGACUCGUAAAGGUAGGCUCGCUGUGUCGACCUUUAAAAUUAUAUCGUAAACGAUUGAAAAAUAAAACUGACG